AGACGUCGAGCUCAUGUAGCAGCUGUGGCAUCUGAGAAGAAACCAGAACCUGAAUCAACCCCUACUCCUUUUACCAAAGAGCAAGCUGGUGCCUUAGAGAAGUUCUUCAAAGCAAUGACUAUAGGGCAGCCAUCCCAACAGAAUCAAGCAGGCAUGUUCACAAGCAUGUUUGCUAACCAAGGUAAACAGUUUACAGCUCUUUCAGUCCAAUCUACAUCAGGUGUUAAGUGGAUAGUUGAUUCAGGGUGUUCCGAUCACAUGACUGGAAAUAAAGAAUUAUUAAGUGACUAUCAGAGAUAUCCGACCAAAGCUGGGGUAAGAAUAGCUGAUGGCAGCCUAUCUCCUGUAGAAGGAAUUGGAAGGAUCCGACUAAAUCAGAGGAAGGCUCCGGGAGGACGAUUGGAACUGCUGAAAGGCAUGAGGACCUCUUCAUCAUUGAAGGACGUGGUGAUGAAGAAACAAGAGGAACAAGGAGGGCUCUAGCUACUAGUAGUACUGAUAGGAUAGAUGGCCAAAUCAUGUUAUGGCAUACACGAUUAGGUCAUCCCAGUUUUGGAUAUCUCGAACGGUUGUUACCAAAUUUGUUUCGGAAUAAAAGCUCC